UAAUAUCCAUUAACUGCGUGGAAGCUGGACGCUUAGGGCUAAGAACAACACUAAGGUGUAAAAUAAAUGGAAAUCUAGUAUCCGAAAUAAUGUUUAUUCGCCCGGAUAAUAACGUGGUGAUCAUGUGUAAUAAUACAAAGUGUUUCUUGGAAGAUAAAUUCGAUCAUAAGUAUUCCGGUAUGGUUGAUUCGCCUUCGCAACGUACAUUGACAAUGAAGUUCUUCGAGCCAGACGUUGACGCGGGUGAAUGGAAAUGCAUGGAUAUAUUGGUUUACGGAGUUUCCUCUUCGUGUGUGAAGACCGAUGCAAGGAGCAUAACAUACAGUGACUGCGCAGAACCUGGAAUCGAAGGGCAAAGAACAACAAUAAGUUGCUGCCGAAGGAAAGGAUGGUGCCUGUGUCCAUGUAGCAUCAACUUCAGUGGUUAUCUUCUGGACCGUAGCAGGCCUGACCAUAAAUCAGCUAAACAUGAUCGCCAUGGUCUUUUAUUAAUUCACAUGCGCAAGACAAGAGUCAGAAAGUAG